AUGAUUUCCAAGAUGGCGACAGCAGGUUUGCUUCGAUUCAUUGGUGUGUUGAUGUUUUAGCCUUGAUUUUGGUCAUUUUUUCAAUCUGUUGCCGAUCUUGUUGUUUUCCAUGAUGUUUGUUCGAUGAAGUAACAAUACCCUGGCCAAUACUAAUAUCUUUUCUUAUUUACAAGAUAUUGGGGUGAAUCUAACAGGUAUUAUAAAUUUUGGAUUUUUUUUUCAAUAAAAUACUAAUAAGGUAAAUUAGAAGCCGUUUUUCAGUAGGCAAGGAUAAGAAAAGAAAGAACAACGCUAUCUUUUACGCAUGAUUAUUUUGCAGAUUCAAUGUUUAAAGGUAUUUAUCACGGGAAGAAGGCUCAUGAAGGUUAGGUUUUGUAAUGAACUUAUGUACUGUUCUAGUAAUUAAGAAAAUCAUGUUAUUUUAAAAACUAAUAUUUUAUAUUUGGAAAAAAAUGUAGAUGACUUUGUAGAGGUUCUAAAGAGAGCAACUGAUAAAGGUGUGCAAAAGGUAAUGUGUGUAUAAUAAUAAUAAUAAUAAUAAUAAUAAUAAUAAUAAAAGUAAUGGUAAAGGUGAUGAUGAUAAUGAUGAAGAUCGAUAGAAUGAAGGUAAUGUGAGCUGCAGAAAUACAAAAAUUACAUGAAGAUAUGAUCGUCACAGUCCUCUUCAAAAUUUUUAAGAGAUAGCAAAUCAAGCACCCCCCUUUCCCCCAAUAAUAAUAAUUAGGGAUUUCCAGUGGGAUUCGAAUGGAACUCAUGGUCUCUGCAAUAUCAAAAUUUAAAAAACAUGCAGUGCUCUACCAACUGAGCCAUGGCGAACCUCCACAUUGGGAGCAGGUCAGUUUGUUGAGUUCAUCUUUACCUGUGAAAGGAAUGAAACAUUGAAUGAAGAUGGUGAUGCGACCUCAGAAAUACAAACUAAGGUAAAUGAAGAUAGUAAUCAUUGCAGUCGCAAGCUUCAAAAAGCAUCACCCUCAUUUUGUGUCAUAUUCUUUAAAUAUGGUUUCAAAAAGAACGUUUUGCUGAAUAAAUAGUUCUCCAUCUCAAUAUGGACUUUCUGUCAGUAUUCAGGUGAAGAGUUUACGCUAAGUGUAUGGAAAAAACAAAAUUUUAACAUUUAAAAAUUGACGACUAGCCUUUAUCUUUUCUUGUCUACUGAAUUGCACGCAAGAUGGCGGCGCGGAAAGGCUCCGCGAGACACGAAGUUUUUCACGUUGUUCUUCUUGUUAGCCUGAGAAGUCUAACCAGCCCAUAUAUAAUAAUUGUUAUCAAGAGAGAAUGAGCUCAUUCUCUCUUGCUGUUAUCCAACUCGAUGGUAAAUCUACAGGAAAGCCGUACCUCCGGAUGUUUUACAAAUCACAACCAGUUUUAACGCAUUAUUGUUCGUGGCAACCAUAGCCUUAUCUUGUUCUACAGCAACUCAUGCGCUAUUUUCCAACUAAGUAGGCUGAAAUUACAAGGUUUAAUCCAUCCAAACCCUAGCCCCAGCGCGGAUUCAACGUCCACUGCAAACUCUAGGACUUGUCGUCAUGAUACUGAAGCACAACUAAACAUCAGUUGUCUUACAUGAACGCACGACCAAACGCUCGGUCAACAAGACCGACGAACUAUAAGUUCUCAUAGUUCUUGCCACAAACGCGGAUUUGCUGGCUAUUACCGAGAUAUGGCUAACUGUGAAUUUCCUCAGUUUACGCCGCCAUCAAAUAAAAGCAUCAAGAACGUCCUGUCAUCCCUCUCAAACAAGACCUGCUCCCUCGAUCCGAUCCCGACGCAUAUUAUUAAAGAUAACAUAAGUUCUGUACUAGCUAUAGUCAGCGGAAUUGUGAGACAAUCGUUCUCAAAUGGGAUCUUCCAACCUCAUUAAAAACAUCGCUGGUUCGUCCAAAAUUGAAAAAACCUGAUCUUAAACCUGAUUUAUUGGCUAAUUACAGACCUAUAGCUAACAUACCAUUCCUCUGCAAGGUAUUAGAAAAAUCAGCUGCCAUCCAAGUUCACAACUACUUGAAUGACAAUGACCUGUUUCCUUCCUUACAGUCUGCUUAUAGGAAAUAUCACUCAACAGAGACUGCGAUACUUAGAGUUACCGAUGACACCCUAAAGACUCUUGACACCAACGGUGAAGUAAUACUUGUGCUACUUGACCUGUCCGCAGCAUUCGACGCCCUCGAUCACCAAAUUCUCCUCGCGAGGCUAAGGAAAUAUUUUAAUUUCACAGAAACAGCUCUAAAAUGGUUCUCCUCUUACUUGCUUGGCCGAUCUCAGCGAGUUUCUAUAGCGGAUGCAACAUCUCCGCAACGAUGUUUAGAAUAUGGCGUUCCCCAGGGCUCAAUACUCGGGCCGCUGCUGUUCACUCUUUAUAUGGCACCUCUCCAAGAUGUUAUACGUCGCCACGGUCUCGACUCCAUGUUCUAUGCGGACGACAUCCAAAUUUACAUCAUCAUUGACGAUCCUAAACAAUCCGUUGACUCUGUCGGUGUUUCAAAGGGAUGCAUCAAUGAUGUUUUUGCGUAGAACACUAAGAAUAUGUUAAAGUGCAACCCUGGAAAAACUGAAAUAUUACAUUUCACUUCGCGUUUCAGCAAGCAACCUACAGUUUACGAAACAUUGUCAUUAGCUAACACCUCAGUAGAAGUGAAAACAAAGCCAAGAAUUUGGGUGUCAUCAUAGAUAAAACCUUGUCUUUCACUGAACAUAUCAACGAAAUGUGCAAGAAAGCCAGUUAUGCCAUAAGAUCAAUUGGUCGUAUUCGAAAGUACCUUCCUUCCGGUGGAUUGAAAAUGUUAGUGAAUUCCCUUCUGAUUUCCAUGCUCGACUAUUGCAAUAGUCUCUUAUAUGACAUCCGAAAAUACCAGAGAGAUAAGUUACAAAGAAUUCAGAAUACCGCAGCUCGAAUGAUAACAGGAGCCCGCAGCUCUGACCACAUUACACCUUUAUUAAAGAGCCUGCACUGGCUACCUGUGGAAGCAAGGAUUCAUUUUAAGAUUCUUUUUAUCACAUAUAAGAUCUUAAAUGGACAAUCUGCUGGAUAUCUGGAACCUCUGAUUAUGGAUUAUCAUCCAUCAAGAGCUCUACGAUCGUCAUCCUGUUCGCUAUUAUGCACCCCAGCCAUAAAAUCCAAAACAUAUGGAGGACGCGCGUUUUCCACUGCAGCACCUCAAUUAUGGAACACUACCCCAGAAUAUAUAAAAAAUGCGGACAGUGUUACAACAUUUAAAACAAAACUUAAAACAUUUCUAUUCAGGAAAUGUUUCAAUUGAUUCUCAUGCUUAACAUUUUAGGAUUUUUAAGUUUUACAAGUUGGUUUUUUAAAGUUUUUACAAACAUAACAUUUUAGGAAUUUUUUUUUUUAAGUUUUACAAUACUUGAUGUAUAAUGUUACAAUUGAUUUUCAUGCUUAACGUUUUAGGAUUUUUAAAGUUUUACAAUUAGGAUUUUUAAAGUUUUACAAUACUUGAUGUAUAAUGUCACAAUAAUGUUAAUUUUAAAAUUGCAAGAUGUCGGAAUUUCCAGUGACACUCUCCAAUGGUUUCGUAGUUACCUAAGCAACAGGUCACAAGUAGUACGAAUCUAUUCAACGCUAUCUGAGCCUUUGUCUGUGACCAGUGGCGUUCCUCAAGGAAGCAUCUUGGGCCCACUUCUUUUUAGCAUAUAUACGAACGAUCUUCCAUUGAUCCCACAGAAAUGCAGCACCCAGAGUUAUGUAGAUGAUACGAAACUCAUCACUUCCUUCGAGCUUAAAGCCAACCUGGAUGCAAUUGCUGAUUUGGAAGACGACCUGUUUAAAAUAGGGGAAUGGUGUUCCAACACCAUUCCCACCUUGGCCAGAUAAACCGUGUCAAGCAUGUCUUCGACAAACGUACACUUUUGAUGAUUAUUAAUUCCUUAGUUUUUAGCAGGUUAUUUUAUUGCUCCAAUGUUUGGUCAAAUACCUCAAAAUGUAAUGUCAACAAGUUACAGGCAGUGCAGAACUUCGCAUGCCGCAUUGUUAGCGGCGCGCGUAAAUUUGACCAUGUUACACCAAUUCGCAAGGAGCUAAAUUGGCUUUCAGUUCCCAGACAGCUUUAUUACCGGAACGCUACAAUGGCUUUUAAAUGUAUGACCGGUCAAGCCCCUGAAUACCUUACAUCAAAAUUCAUAAAGCGAGCAGAGGUUAGCCGACGUAGCACCAGAAAUUCACAGCUUUUACAAAUUCCCUUUUUCAGAACAGCUGCCGGUCAGAGAACAUUUUUCUAUAGAACUGUGAACUUAUGGAACUCCUUAGACAAUUCCUUUAAACUGUGUAACUCGAUUGAUGUUUUUAAAACUCGUUUACGUACUAAAUUACUUAAAGAAUUGUAAUUUUAUAUAUAUUUUAAAACAUUUUUAAUUGUAAAUAGGAUCAUGUAUUGUCUUUGAAAAGCCCCUUGGGAAAGUCAAUAAAGUAUGUAUGUAUGUAUGUAGGCUAGAAAUGUAAUGAUCUUCAAUCGGCUUUCGUAAUGUAAAGCGCAUUGAGGAUAGAAAUGAGCUUAAUAAGAAUCUAUAUUAUUAUUAUUAUUAUUAUUAUUAUUAUUAUUAACUACGGAAGUUAAUUAACAGUUGCGAGAUUCUGCCCAACAUAGACUUUGCCAUUAAUAGGAGAGAUUUUUGACCAGCGCCCCGUGCAGGAGGUGUCCUUUUAGCAGUCCGUAAUACUAUUCCAAGCCCUAAAAGACCUGAUAUGGAAACUUCGGCUGAAAUUCUUGUGUGUCGGAAGCUUCGUCCAUCGUGUAAGAAAAAGAUCUUAAUGGUAGUAUUCUACCGCCCUCUAUCCUCUGACUGUUGGUACUUGACUGAGUUUACAAAAUAUCUUCGCCAAGGUUCCAGGGAGAAAUUGGAUCAACUCUUCAUUGUUGGUGGUUUUAACCUACCAAAUAUUGACUGGUCCAUUAGGAUCUCUUCCACCGAUAGCGACACUUAUAACCUCUUCACCAAGUCAAUCAAGGAUCACUUUGUCUGGCAAGUUGUCGAUUUUCCAACGCAACAGGAGAAUUUAUUGGAUUUGGUGCUCACAAACAUUCCCGAUAAGAUUGUUAACAUCCUAGGAUUUUACGAUAUUUUGGAGUCAGACCAUUAACUCAUCAAAUUUUGCAUUGACGUGCGAAUCGCAAGAAAUCCCCAAGUCAAACGACAAGUAUGUAUUCCUAUUCCUUUGUAUUCCUAGAAAGCUGGCUGGUCAGGCCUCAAAAGUGAACUCAGUUUAAUUGACUGGGAAUUACGUUUUGUGGAAAACGAUAUAAACGCUUCGCUUCCCAACCUGUCUCAUGUAUUUCUCACGGCUGUCAACCUACACAUUCCAAAAAGCAAAGUGCGAAAUGUAAAUGAGUAUCCCUGGAUCGAUCAGGAAUUUCUUUAA